ACCUCCCGGUUCCCGAGGCCUGGAUUGCGAUGUAGGGGCGGGCGCAAGCGCGUUGCGUGCCCGCCCCAGCAACAUGGCGCCGGUGGAGCACGUUGUGGCGGAUGCUGGGGCUUUCCUGCGGGACGCUGCCUUGCAGGACAUCGGGAAGAACAUCUACACCAUCCGGGAGGUGGUCAGCGAGAUUCGGGACAAGGCCACGCGCCGGCGGCUCGCCGUCCUGCCCUACGAGCUGCGGUUCAAACAGCCCUUCCCGGAGUAUGUGCGGCUGGUGACUGAAUUUUCAAAGAAAACUGGAGACUAUCCCAGCCUCUCUGCCACAGAUAUCCAAGUGCUGGCACUCACUUACCAGUUGGAAGCAGAAUUUGUUGGGGUGUCUCAUCUAAAACAAGAACCAGAAAAGGUUAAAGUGAGCUCCUCAAUUCAGCAUCCAGAAACUCCUCUGCACAUUUCCGGUUUUCAUCUGCCCUCCAAGCCUAAACCCCCACAAGAAAAGACAGAUAGACACCCAGCUGAUGAGCCUGAGAACCUAGAAUUCAGUUCCUUCUUGUUCUGGAAGAACCCUCUGCCUAAUAUUGAACGUGAACUACAGGAGCUGCUGAUUGACAGAGAGGAGGAAGAUGAGGAGGAGGGAGUUGAAGAAAGGAAAGAUGAAGAUAGUGAUGACGGGGGUGGGUGGAUAACCCCCAGCAACAUCAAGCAGAUCCAUCAAGAGCUAGAACAGUGCGAUGUCCCGAAGGAUGUGCAGGUUGGCUGUGUGACUACAGACUUCGCCAUGCAGAAUGUCUUGCUGCAGAUGGGGCUGCAUGUGCUGGCGGUGAACGGCAUGCUGAUCCGGGAGGCUCGGAGCUACAUUUUGCGCUGUCAUGGCUGUUUCAAGACAACGUCUGAUAUGAGCCGAGAGUUCUGUGCACAUUGUGGGAACAAGACGCUGAAGAAAGUGUCUGUGACGGUCAGUGACGACGGCACCCUGCACAUGCACUUCUCCCGCAACCCCAAGGUGCUGAAUCCUCGAGGCCUCCAGUACUCACUUCCCAUGCCCAAAGGGGGCAAAUAUGCCAUCAACCCCCACCUGACUGAGGAUCAGCGCUUCCCUCAGCUGCGACUCUCCCGCAAGGCCAGGCAGAAGACCGAUGUGUUUGCCCCUGACUACAUAGCAGGGGUCUCUCCCUUUGCAGAGAAUGACAUCUCCAGCCGCUCAGCUACCCUGCAGCUCCGGGACAGCACUUUGGGAGCUGGGCGAAGACGAUUAAAUCCCAAUGCCUCUCGAAAGAAGUUUGUGAAGAAAAGGUGAAGUGUGAGCUUUUGCAGGCAGACUCGAUCACAGUCACUGAGGAGUUCUGCUGUCUCAUUCCCCCAACUGUGUUGUUCCUAGAACCAUCUGGGUGGAAAUGACAGGCCGAGCUUCGCGGUGCUGCUGCAUGACUCCCAGUGUUGUGUGGGGUUUGUGGCGGGACUGAGCCACCCUUUGUCUUAGAGCAUCCAGAGCUGGAACUUCUGCUUUGUCAAUGGAAAUUUGAGGAGAACAGAAAGAGUGAUGCCCUGGAGCAAAUUUUAAACCUUCAACGGAAGGAAUUUCCAAAUGGUAAUAUUUUUCUAAUAAACAUGGUUGCAAGCUUCUAUGCAGUGAACCAGGUUCUUGCAUCUUAGGGAAUGUGAAGGCUUAACAAGCUGUAUGUGCAAGGAUUAAGAGUCUAGAUUUAUCUUUCUGCCAAAAAUUAUAAUAAAUAUUGCAUAGGAAAACUGA